UGCGGCUGAGUGAGUGUGACUGUGAGUCCACAUCUGGAGAGGAUAGAAGAGCGAUUUUUUCCUCCACAUCUGGAAAUCUAUUUGUUUCUAUUUCCUGGAGCCCUGAUUCUGAGUGAGAGCGCAUCGAACCCGGAUUCAGGUGAUGACUCACAUGUGGACCCUCCUGUCAGCCCUGCUGCUGGGUUUGUCUGCGGCCGAGCCUCUGAGCAGCCCUGAGGAAAAUGCAAAUGAAGUCCUGAAGCCCACAGAGGAGAUCACACAGAUCCAGGUGGUUGAAAAUGCAAUCGGAUAUCUCAGUGAACCGACGCCGAGCCACACGCCCACCACGUCGACUUUCUUGACAACCACAAAUUCUCCGAGCUCCAGUCCUGCCCCUCAGUGUCCAGGAAACCAGGUGAUGCUGGAGAGCAGCUCUGGAUGUGCCUGUCCUGCAUCUGGCAUGGUGGAGGUUGGUGACAACUGUACCUGUCCUGUGGGCUUCACUCUGGACGGAGCUGCUGAGUGUAAAGAUAUUGAUGAGUGUGGGGGAGAAGGACCAUGUGGUCUGUAUGCCAGCUGCACUAAUACCCCCGGCAAUUACUCAUGUAGCUGUCUCCGUGGUUACCUGAUGGGUGCUGGAGGGUGCCAAGAUAUAGAUGAGUGUGCUCUGGCUGCAGUGACGGGUCUGCAGGCCUGUCAGGGGGAGGCUGAAUGUCAGAACACCCCUGGUUCCUUCACCUGCUCCUGUCCUGCAGGAUAUGUAAUCGCCCUCACUGGAAAAAGCUGCGUGGAUGUGGACGAGUGCAGCUUCGAGGAGCUGUGUCGCCGGGAGCUGGGAAACGUGUGUGUGAACACUCCUGGCAGCUUCACAUGCCAGUGCCAGCCGGGCUUCAGAGCGGAGGCGCCCGCCUGUGUCGAUGUGGACGAAUGUACGGAGAGUCCUGCGGUGUGCGAUGGUCAGAGUGUGUGUGAGAACACGCUUGGGAGCUAUAAGUGUGUUUGUCGACCAGGUUACCAGGGAAACGGCACACACUGCGAAGAUGACAACGAGUGUACAUUUGGUCGUCACGGGUGUGAUACCAACGCUCGCUGUGGCAACAUCAUUGGCUCGUAUUUCUGCCAAUGUUACCAGGGCUUCAAUGGGGAUGGAUACUCUUGUUUUGACAUCGAUGAGUGCGCACUGAACAACGGCCACUGUGAACACAACUGCACCAACGAGGCCGGAGGCUACAGCUGCCAGUGUGGGUCCGGAUACCAGCUGGACCAGGGCGGACACAACUGCACAGAUGUGGAUGAGUGCUCGACGCUGAAUGGGACCUGUGAGCACAUGUGCAUCAACACUCUUGGAUCGUUCCAGUGCUCCUGCAGGCCCGGCUACCAGCUGCACAUCGACCGCCGCACCUGUGUGGACAUUGAUGAAUGUAAACUCCAGAACGGCGGCUGCUCCCACUCCUGCACCAACUCUCCAGGAGGACAUGAUUGCCACUGCCCUCCCCCUCUGCUGCUGGACACGGACAACCACACCUGCAGCAAUGUUUCAUCUUGUAAGCUGAGAAAUGGUGGGUGUGACCACGUGUGCGCGGUGGGGGCCGAGGGCCGCGUCCGCUGCAGCUGUGGAACAGGCUGGAAGCUGGGCGAGGACCUGAGGAGCUGCGUGGAUGUGAAUGAGUGCGGGGACUUUACAAACGGAGGCUGUGAGCAGCUCUGUGUGAACCACCCUGGUGGGUUUUACUGCGCCUGCAGGGAGGGGUAUGAAGUUCGCACCGAUGACCUCACCAAGUGCCAGCCUGUGUGUGACCCUAGCUGUCAGAACUACGGUGUCUGUGUGGCUCCAAACAGCUGUGACUGUCCUCCCGGAUACCCUGGUGUGGGCUGCUCAGCCAUGUGCUCUCCGCCCUGUGCCCAUGGAGGAACCUGUAUGCGCUGGAACAAGUGUUUGUGUCCUCCCGGCUGGACCGGAGCAGGCUGCCACACAGCGGUGUGUGAGUUGCCCUGUGCUAACGGGGGUCGCUGUGUGGAGCCUGACACCUGCCAGUGUCCAUCUGACUACACCGGUCCCCAGUGCCUUUUGCCCCUGUGCACUCCUGCCUGUCAAAGUGGUGGAAGAUGUGUGGAUGUCAACAAAUGCGCAUGUGUUGAUGGAUGGCAAGGAGCGCGCUGCCAGAUAGAACCUGUUCAGUGUCGGAAACCUUGUAAGAAUGGAGGAGUGUGUGUGGGCCUCAACAGGUGCCGCUGCGCCAAAGGAUUCACUGGGAGCCUCUGUGAAACAGCGGUGACCACACCCUGUGUGCCGCCCUGCCAACACGGCGCCACCUGCAGUCCUCACAACACGUGCACCUGUCCAGAGGGCACCGCAGGCCUGCGCUGUGAACGACUGACGUGUCCUGUGGUCACCACCGUGGUCAGUAUGGCUCGAGCGGUGAGAAAGGCGUUCAGGGAGAGUUACGUUGACCGCUGUGGACCCCUGGGAGUUCAGCUUUGCACUAAAUACAGGAUAAACCAGGCACGUGUGUACCUGCAGGCCUACAGGGUGGGCUACAAGAUCCAGUGUCCGCAGAGGAAGGGCAGAUGAGCGGUGCUGUUUGAAACCUGCUGGUCACCAGGACACGUCAGCCCCUCAGACAAGAUUUUGGACCGAAACUCAACUGUAAAACUACAUGUAACUGAAUCAAUGUGAGGUUGAUGUGGCUUCUUUUAAAUCAAGUCGAUAUGUUGAAAAGAGAAAGGGGACGUGAUUGUAUCAUCAAGGCUGUUUAUUUGGUUUAACGAUAUAUGUUGACGAGUAUCUUUAACUCACUAUUGUACACCAUUAUUUACAUUUCAUGAGAAAGAUUCCGUAGAAUGUAAAAUGUACAUUAGAUGUUUGUAAUGUUUAUAUGUGGCAGCUGAGCGUUGUUAAAUUUACAUUUGUUGUUUUUUUCUACAAAAUGGUGUCAGUAUUACUUAGGUUUUUACAGUAAACAACAAACUUUCAGUGAAAGGUUGUGGUUAGUUCACUUCAGGGAAUAUUCCCAAUAAAAGAAACAUUUUUGAAGUAAAUGUCUUGGACUUUAAACCACAGUUACAAUAGAAUCUCGCAAUAAAAGAACUCGGCCUGCUUGUGUGCAUUAGUAUGAGUAUGAACUGAUACAGAGGAGCAGUGUUGUGUGACUGUACGAGACAUGUUAUCAUGGUAAUACUGUUAUCUAACCUCUUAUCGCACAGUGGCUCAUGACCUGCUUUAAAUAGAGAGACUUUUAUCUACAAGCAGGUGAAAGGCCUCUGACGCAACCUCUAGAUCCAGGUUAUACUAGAGCAGCACACAUUAGAGCACAUAUACCUAUCGUGGCUGAGAUGUCGCACACAAGCGCAUUAAAGGAAAAACACGGACGCAAAAGCCACACAACUGAAACACAACUGCAGCGUAAGUGAGUGAGAAUGGAAGCUCCAAGCAUGUCAUUUCAAGCAGCGACUGACUUGUCCGGGUUUUCAAAAAUGACUGACUCAUACACCCACAGUAAAUGACUGCCUGUUUCACUCUCAGCAUCUGUUGUCACACACUUCCACUGUGGCUGUGUUUCCAUUUUGUGUCUUUUGCAUUUGUGUUUCCCAUGAAUGCACUGGUGAGAGAUGUCUCAAACCACUGUACACACCUCUACUAAGGCUAAACAUCCAUGAUGAACAUAACUGUCCAGUUCUUAAAGUAGGAAUGAAGUAAAGAAAAAAAUGCAGUGUUCUGAUAACCUCAAUGAUUUAUUUGUCAUAAAAUAUAUUGUAAGAAAGUAAAAAAUGGAUCUUACCCUUAA